UUUAUAAUGCAAUUUUAAAACUGCUUUAUUUCUAUAUGAUAAUAUUGUACAUUCAUUUUCCUAUAGGAUACCCGGAGCCAGAGGUUACGUGGUACAAAGAUGAUGAAGAAAUGGAUAGAUAUUGUGGUAUGCCAAAAUAUGAAAUAUUCCGUAAUGGAAAGCGGCAUACCUUACAAAUUUACAAGUGCAGUGAAGAAGAUGCAGCAAUUUAUCAAGCAUCAGCAAGAAAUAACAAGGGUAUUGUUUCCUGUUCAGGAGUACUGGAAGUUGGAACAAUGACUGAAUACAAAAUCCACCAAAGAUGGUUUGCAAAACUCAAGAGAAAAGCAGAAGCCAAAAUGCGUGAGAUUGAGCAGAGUAGGAGGAGGGUAAAGGAGAACUUUGAGGAGGGUGAAAGACUGAGGGCUUUGAGUCCUGAAAGGAUUCAGAGAAAGCGAAGGUUCUCAUCUGAAAAGAAAGAUGAUGCUUUAGCUUCAUUAGAAGAUAAAGAGGAAUUAAUUAAGGUUCAUAUUCCUGAUCCAAACUCCAGGCUACAAGAAGAAAUAACAGAGACAGUGGAGCAACCACAAACUGUAGUCAAUGGCUUUGCUGAAAUGGACUCUAAACCAAAAGAAGAGAUAACCACCAAUGGUUAUGCUCUACCUGAAAAUAUUGAAGAAAAUGGAAAAGGAUUCCUUGCUUAUGUCUACGAAACAGUAGAAGUUAUAACAAAAAAACAAGCCUCAAAAGAGUCCUAUGCAAAAAAGAAGAAAAAAGAAGAAGAACCCCCUUUACCCAUACCAGACUCCAAUAAAGAGGAAGCGAUACAAGGAAGUCCAAAGAAAGUGGAAGGUAUAAGUCCUGCUCCAAGAAGGUCUCGAUUUGGUAAAGAUGCUUCUAAAAUCUCCAGUGGAAGAAAAAAUGGAGGUGGAAAUAUCUCCUGUGACAUCAAAUAAAAGGUUUGCACCUUCCACUGCCCCUAAUAAAACAGAAAAAUCUGUAGUAGCAAAACAUACCAUGAAACUAAAAGAUGGUGUUGUGCCCCAUAGCAGAGCAGUAGAAUCCUCCAUUCCAAAACCAGCUAAUUUGCAAACUCAGGGAGACAUCAAGUUUUCCUUAAAAGAAAUGUAUUUUGAUGACUUACCACAACAUACAAAAGAAGAAAAGAGUCCAUUAGCACUCUUAAGAGACAAGAAAACAAAGGGUGACAUGCAAGCUUCUAGUGUAACUCAUGCAAAACUAACAACUGAAGGACAAAUCAAAGAAACACCAAAAGUUGCCCCAAGACGGUCAAAAGAACAAAGAGAAUUGUCUGUUGGACGAAAAACUUCACCAAUAACAAGUAAAAAGUCUGAAGCUCCUGUACAUGGACAAGUCUCAAACUUAAGCCAGACAUUGCUAGAAGUUAGGCCAAAAUCUGAACCGACAAAGCUAGCUGUUGUAGAAAGAAACACUAAUUCUUCUGUCUCAGUCCCAGUAGGUCUUAUCACUGAGCAAAAAGUAAAAGCAGUAAAAUCAACAGAAAAGGUUCUCUCAGUAAAGGUACCUGACAAGGUAUCCUCUUAUGUAACAUCAGCACCACAAAAGGAGCAACCAUUAGAGGACAACAAGAUACCCUCAGUUGAUCCCAAAGAAGAGAAGGCCCGAACAGAGACACUAGAGAAGCUUCAGAAUUUAGAAGUGGAGUACAUGGCCUUACAGAAAGCAUAUGCCCUACUGCAGCAGCAGCUUGAACUCAGCCAGAAGGCAGAGAAAAUGAAAGCAGAGGAACAGAGGGCAGAGGCACAGAAGGCAGAGGCACAGAGGGCAGAGGCACAGAAGGCAGAGAUGCCAGAACCCUCAGAAUACAUGGGAACUCCUGUAGUGAAACUAACUGACAGCAUUGAAACUAAUGUUUCUACAGCAGAAGCAAACAUGGAAGACAAGACUGAUUUGAAAUGUCCAAACUCACCAGAACCAAUACAUAUGGAAACUGAAGAGUUUACUACACAAGACGAAACCUCUGCACUGGAUGCUGUGCCUCAGGUUGAGCAACAAGAAGCUCUUACAAAACUAGAAUCUGAUGUACAAUUAAAGGAGCAACAGGCUGUAGGAAGUGAUGAAGGCUUAUCAAAUAUUACAGUGCUUUCCACUAAAAGGUCUGUACGACUCCCAGAGGUUGCAGGUACACAGUCCAGUGAAGCUGAGAUACCUCAGGGGAGGACGAGGAGAAGCUAAAGACACACCAAUGUGAAGUAAGCCAUUCUAAUAACAAUGAACCACUGUUAGAAGUUGGCUCUCUCAUUAGAACAACAAAUAUAGCUGAGCAAGUGAAUAAAGCAGUAACAGAAACAGAAACAGAUUUAACAUCUAAGGUAUCAUCAGAAUUACCAACUCAAGAAUAUGCUGCACAAAUAGCUGAAAAUGUACAGGGUGCUAAUCUUCCAGCAGAUAGUUCAACUAAAAUAUUACUUAGUGAUCAAAACCAGUCAGUAGUGACCCUCCUUCGUGAUGUGAAAAAAGCUUUGGAGACUGGAGUGACUACUAAGGAUGAAAGCUCUGUAGAUCCAAUUUCCUUGACUGCUCCACUAAAUCUAGAACAAGCUGAAGAACAUUAUAAAGCUGCUCCGAUGCCAGGCUUGCCACAAAAUAUAGGACAGGAUAAAGAAUCUGAGCAAUUGGUAACUAAUAGCUCAACCAUCAAAGAGAAGGUACGUGAAACAGACCUGCCUUCCACUGAACAACUUUCUUUACAUUCAGAGCAGGAAAACAUUCAGGAAAAUGUAUCACAACAUCAAGAUAAACAAGAUCACAGUCUCGUAACAACCUUGAAAAAUUCUUUGUUGAUGUUAUUUCAUAUGAAAACAGCAGAUACUGAAGACCAUAAAGUUAAAACAAAAAGUCAAAGAAACUUGACUGAAGCUCAUCAAGAAUCAUCUGGAGACAUGUAUGCAUCUGAAAGAAGCCCCCCAAGUUCUCGGAAGGUUUAUGAAUCUGGCAAGGACAGUGACUCUCCACAGAGUCCAGAAAGCAUGCAUUCCACUUCCACUUCAGGUAAACGUUCUCCAUCAUCCGAAGAAGACAUGGUUCAUAGUGCAGAUUCAUUGACAACAAGUCCAACAAUUCCCAGGAGAAUCACUGAUUUUUCAAGGAAAGGAGAAAUAGCCCAAGUGGAAAGUGCUCCAUUAAGUCCAGUCACACCAAAGAGAAGUUCAAAAGGCAUUAGUGAGGAAACCUUCUUGACUAAAGAAGACCUACGUUUUAGUCCUUCCACUUCAAGAAAAAUUGCAGCUAAAAUAGCUUCAGGAUCAAAUUCCAUUUCUGCAUUAUCUGUGCCUUCUAUAGUUGUUGGUAGCCUACCUGAGAAUACACCUGGAAAUAUGCUGUAUGAACCCCAAAGAGAUAGCAAUCGUAAAUGGAGGUCUAGUGAGAACUUAUCUGCAAUUCCUUCGGCAACGCCACAGGAGCUGGCUUCUGGUGCUCGCCGUAAGAUAUACCUUCCUAAGUCUAAACAACUGGAGGGUGAAGAUGAUGGUAAUAUGGGAUCCAUAACUCCACCCCCCAAAAAAGGGAGCCCCAACGUAUCCCCAGGAUUGUCUAGAAAAAGCGGCUCACUUCUGGCAUCUCAGUCUCCUCCAGUGGAAAGACGUUCCCCUGGUACAACCCGAAGAACGACAAAGCUAGAAGUUCCAAAGAUAUGUGAAGAAACUGUAGAUCAGAAAAAGGCCUCUGAUUCUGGUUCUCAAGAAUCAAAAGAAUCAGGUGUACCACUUAAGGAAGAACCACAGAUUACAGAAAUUAAAAAAGUAAAUGAUCCUUAUAAAGCUCCACAGGUAAUUCGGAAAAUACGGGCGGAACAAUUUUCGGAUGCAUCAGGGAAUUUAAAACUUUGGUGCCAGUUCUUCAAUAUUUUAAGUGACUCAGAUAUUACAUGGUACAAAGAUGAAGUUCAAGUGGCAAAAUUAAAGAGAUGUGCUGGAGAUGAAGGACAAGUGGCACUUGCAAUUGUGCAGGCAUCAGUAAAAGACUGUGGAGUGUACCAGUGCACCAUUGAAAAUGAAUAUGGUACUGAUUCAACAGACUGCCUUCUGAGCGCAGAAAUUUUGGAUGGAUUCAUCUCCAGGGAGGAAGUGGAAGUUGGAGAAGAGAUAGAGAUGACACCAAUGGUAUUUGCAAAAGGCUUGGCUGACUCUGGCUACUGGGGAGACAAGUUUUUUGGAAGGAUAGUCAUGGAGGAACCACAUGCUGGAAAAGGAUUUUUGAGAAAGGCUUGCAAAGUAAAAGCGAUUUACGGGUUGGAACCAAUUUUUGACUCAGGGAAAACCUGUAUCAUCAAAAUCCGAAACUUAAUAACUUUUGGGACCAAGAAUGAAAACACCUUAGUGGAAAAGAAUUAUGAUAUCACCAUUCAGGAAUGUAAAAUUCAGAAUACUACCCGCGAAUACUGCAAGAUAUUUGCAGCUGAAUGCAGAGGUUUUCCAAACUUUGGACAGCUUCUUGAGAUCUUACCUCUAAAUCUGAUCUAUCGACCUGCCAACAAUGUCCCCUAUGCUACCAUAGAAGAGGACCUUGAAGGAACGUUUGAAAAGUACUGUGUCAAGGAUAUUACAGGAAAAUUACACUUCAAAAACUCUUCAGAAAUAGAGCAAAAAUGCUGCACCUUUCAGCAUUGGGUAUUUCAGUGGACUAAUGGCAAUUUCCUUGUCAGCAUUCUAGAAGGUGUUGGAUGGAAACUAACCAACAUAGCUAUUGCCACAAAAACCAAGGGAUAUCAAGGACUAAAAGAAAGCUGCUAUCCAGAGAUCAUUGAGGAAUUUCCAUCAAUUCACCAGUGCAAUAGCUACUGUGAAAUGCUAAGCUUAAAGUCACUCAAAACAAUGAAAAGUCUCCAGCCUCCACCCAAACCAAAGGGCUCAAGAAGCCCUCAGAUCUCAAGGAAAUCUGGCUCUGGGUCUUCUCAGUCAAGUCCUCAGAUACAAAAGAAGACUUUAACAACCCCACAAAGUAAUAAAAAAGGUGGGGUCAGCCCUAAAUCUACAAGAAAAGCCAUGGAAACUGGGGAAUCACAAUCAGGUACAAAAAAUAAAGGAGCUGAUGUAAAACUACAAUAA